AUGGAAACUGAAUUGGCUCUUGAAAAAGCCCUUCAGGAGGCGGCGAGGCCCGAGAACAGCUACUGGGGCCGCGUGCGUUCGUUUCGGGAUUGCAUGAAUCCGCGGUUCAUGUUUGCUUCGAAAGCUGAAAUUGAAAAGGCCAAAGAAGUGAAGGCUCUCGCGGACUCCGGCAAAUGGAGGGAACUUCUGCAGCAAAACAUUUCUCCAAAAGAACUCAAAUACCAAAUAGCCCUCACUAAUGCUUCUGUUAGCAGCAGCACCGGAGAUAUCAUUCCUCUCCCUCUCCGCCUCUCCGCCUUCGCCCCCGUCAACCUUCCCAUCUGCGCUGGCCUAAUUUUCAGCGCGCCCACAGUGGGGAACAGCAUUUUGUGGCAGUGGGUGAACCAGACUUAUAAUGCAGCUUUUAAUUAUGCAAAUGGAAACCAAAGUGGAGAAGCAAAUAAGCAGCAGCAGCAGCAAAACCUUCUCCGCGGCUACAGCGCAGCAGCUGUGGUGUCUGUGGGGCUGGCUGUGGGGCUGAAUUCGUGGGUGCGGCGGCUGCGGGCCCCACAGUUGGUGCAGCAGCUGCUGCAGGGGGCAGUUCCUUUUGCUUCUGUUGCAGCAGCAAAUGCUGCCAAUUUGCUGCUGAUGCGUUGGCAGGAGUGUUCCCAAGUUUCCACGCAGCUGAGCGUCGUCUACGGCUGUCUGAACUUGGGGCUGCCGCUCGCCGUUGGAAUAUUCCCUUCUUCCUGCACUAUUUCCAUUUCUGAACUCGAAAAGGAGAUUCAGGAAAAAGCAGAAGAAGACGGAAAACCAAUUCUCAAGGCAGUCUUCAACCGGGGGGUCUGA